AACGAUUUAAUUUAAUUUCAAUGUAAUAUCUGUUAGGUGCUGCAACCCAUGGAACGGACCUUGUGAACCACCCACGAGCUUACGGUCAGCUAAGUCACUCAUCCGUUUUUCGUGACAACAUAAAUCUUCAAUGGGAACAAAGAGUGCUGUUUCCAUUUCUUGGAGAAGAACUGCAUCUGGUAUCUCUUACUUGUAUCCCCUUACUACACGAUGGGAGCCUCUCAGUAUCCGUGACGAUAUAGCACUAGAUUGAUGGAGCAAUAUAUCGGGUUUCAAUAUCGUGAUAAUAUUGCUUCAGCGGCCAGCGUGAUACCUGGGAAAAUUCAACACUUUUGUCGCAGUAUAGCAAGGAAGCCAUGGGAGGAUGAACGAAUGUGGCUGCAGUAUAAAAGAAGAGUCCCAAACUUCUACUGAACACAGUGUUCUACACAGACAUUGAGUGUUAAGUCGUUUAAUUCCUACAGUCCUUUUAAUUUGUCAGUAAUGUACUUUACCAUGUCUAAAUUGUUGGUCCUGUUGGCCGUUGUUGCCUUGCAAUCGUCUACCUGCUCAGCCCAGGAAUUCAGUAUCUUCGGCCCCCUCUUUUCCGGUGUGACUUCUUUUACGAUGGUAACAUCAACAUUUACUCUCACCAAACCAACACCUUGCUUCAUCACUUCCGGCGGCAACGUCACUGCAUGUCGCCGAAAACGUGGAAUUGAAGAGAAACCCGAAAUUAUUCAAUUUGAUGAGGAGGAAUUUGCAUCAUCAGCAGUUAUGGGGAUCGAGCCUACCGCAGCUCCCUUGAAUUUCAGAUCCCUUGCCGAUUCCAGUAACGUGAUCGCCAGUUCGUUUGACGACGACUCGUUUCAUACUUCUGUCAACAUUUUCCGCCAAUUGGCUGUUAAAGGCAGGAAUAAUCGGAUUCCGAUCGGCGAUUGCGGCAUGACGAUCGUUAACUUGAGUCAACUUCUCUCCUGUUUGGGUUUGACCGUCCAGGAAACAACGACCCUAACUGCCACUUUCACAAUAACCAAGACUUUAUCAUCCGGUUUUACUACCAUGACCGUGGCUGGAUGCACUCCGGCAGGUUUCCCCGUUCUUUCUUGCCCAACUGAUAAUACCAGCAUUCCUCCUACUACACCGACCACAACAACAACGACAGCAACAACUGGGAUUACGGCUGUGGGCACAGAAACUGCGAGAAUGAUCCGUCGAUUCAAAAAUGUAAAUCAAUCCGUGUAGGAGACACGGAAUUGAGUUUCCAUUAAGUCGAGGCGACUUUUCUUGGUUGAAGCAAUUUUGCUGAUGAAUUUGGUUUGGAAGGAUUUUCUAUUUUUGCUAUUAUGAAACUUAUUUGUUUACAUCAUUGGUUUAAUGUAAAAUUUUUAUUUAUUUUGGCAAUGGGCUGACAAAC